UUAUGAAUGGAUUGUGUAUUCCAUAUUUUUUAAUACGUUUUAACCACAAUGCGUCGACUACAUUUUAAUUGCUACUGUUUUUGCUCUCGGUCUUCGUCCAUUAUGGAAUUAGCUAGUGUCACACGACUGGACAAAAAAUCCUUUUGCUAGAUUAACGCCAUCUUAUGAGCAAGAAUUCGGUAGCCCCCAUUAUAAUAUGUAUAGCUAAUAGUAACAAUCCGACAAUAGACAAUUCUUAGUAGAAUACUGUGAAAAGUUUUCACAUGACACAACACAACCUACGUCAACGUCAAGUUCAAAUGUCAAAUCAGCAGACAAGUUGUACUGUUGCUGUUAAUCAAAAUCAAAAUUAACACAGAGUUGAGAGUACAUUUUGUAUUUAUGUAUAUGUUAAUUAUAUCUUAAACUUAAAGCAGACGUAUAUGUUAUGCUUUGUCGUUAUAAAUAUUACUAACUUAUGAAAGGCUUAACUCUAACGUGCGCUAGCUCCAACCUGUGACUUUUGAGACUUGAAUACAAUAGAUUACAUGAGCAAUCAUGGAUGAUUUACAAAAAUCAUUAGAGCAGUAUGAAGAACAGCUUGCAAUGGUCACACUAUCACUGGAAACUGUUACUGAAUCUGCAGAAAGAGAAUCUUUACUAUCUUUGAAAUCAGAUUUAGAACAACUUAUACAACUGACUAGAGAAAACUUAGAUGCUAUAGUACCUAAAAACACAGAAACCGCUGGGACUCAGGCUUCUGAAACUAAAGAUGAAUUGGAUGAUGAGUAUGCUUUGUUUAUGCAAGAGAUGGCCAAAAGUGGUGCAUAUGAGACAUCUAAAGAGGCUACAUCUGAAAACAGCAAAGAUGUGCCUAAUGGUGAUGAUAGUGAUAUAGAGGAUGAGUUGUCUUCACUAUUGGGCAUGAAAUGUGCAGUGUAUCAUACACACAAGUGGGGCGGUCAACCUGGACUUUACAAUGCUAUGGUCAGUGCAGUAGUGCCCCGACAAGAUGAAGACCAGUUCCAAGAUCUACAGGUUCGUGUCCUAUUCACUCAUCCUACACAUGCAGAGAUGUUGCCUUGUCCAUUUUAUCUUGAUGGUGAAUGUAAAUUCAGUGAUGAACAGUGUAGAUAUUCCCAUGGUGCUUUAGUACAAUUAUCGAAUUUAAAGGAAGCAAUAGAACCUGACUUUAGUUCAAUUAGAGUAGGAAGUAGGAUAUUGAUGAAAAUUAAACCACCAGAUGACGAGGACAUAAGUUUAGCAAAAAAAUCUACUGAAAAGUACCACUUAUGGCACAGAGGAAUCAUCAAGAACAUAGAUUUAGAGAAACGAAUCUGUUCAGUAAAGUUGGAGCAUGGUGUACAAGCAGGAGAGAAAAGGAAACAAGGCAGUGAUGAAUAUAAAGUUAAAAUUGAAGACAUUUUUCCAUUAAAUAAUGACGAUGAAGACGAUAGUGAAGACUCAGAUGAUAGUUUGAGUGACACAGAAUAUCCACAAAGUAAAACAAUGUGUGAAGAUAAAGCGGUUGACAACCAUGCACUAUUGGUUGAAAGGAGUUUUCUCAAUGAAAACAAAUCUCCUAUGGGAGAGUGGGAGAGACAUACUAGAGGCAUUGGUUCAAAAAUUAUGUUAGCAAUGGGCUAUGUACCAGGGACGGGAUUGGGUGCGUCAAGCGAUGGUCGUGUCCAGCCGGUUGAAGCUCGCGUUCUUCCAGUUGGCAAGAGUCUUGACCAAUGCAUGGCCAUUUCCGAAAAAAAUGCAUCUCAAGACCCAUUAAAGGUGGAACAAAAGCUCCGAAGAUUACAGAAGAAAGAAGAAGAGCGCAACAAAAGAGCAUACGAGAGAGAGAAGGAGAAGGAAAGACGAAAUGUAUUCAACUUUCUUAACAAAACUCUAGGCGAUAAGACAGAGGCUGAUAAUGAACCUGAAAGUUCUUUGGAUGUCAAACAGUCUUCAAGCAAAGACUUGAAUAUUGAACAGUUUAAAAUAACUGAAGACAAAAAGCGAAUUGAAAGGGAAAUAAUCAAACUGAAUAGUUCAUUAAUCAAAUAUCCAAAUGGAUCGAAUGGUCACAGAAGUAUUAACAUGCAGAUUAUUGAGAAAAAUAAAGAAUUAAAUAAUCUUGUGCAGAAAGAAAAACAAAUAUCUAAGGAACAAUCACACAGGAAAGAUAAACAGAAAAUGACAGUUUUUUAACAAAUGUUUGUUUUAGGGUAACAAUUUGUUGAAAUUAAGUGGAAUUACUUAAAAUGUGGAAUAAUAUUAGAUAAAUAAAUUGUGUUAAGAGUUUUUUGCUUUUCUAAUGGUUUACUUCACUAAAGUACUCUUGUUUAAGUUUCCAGUUCUUAAUAAUAUUGAAGAACAUGUAUUUAGGACCUACAGCGUAAAUAAUACACGCAUAAUCAAAGUACACUUAAAAUGCACUACCAGUGGAUAAGACUAAAAGAAAACAUGAAACAAUAAGAAAACACAAAUAAUCAGUCAUGUUCGCGGAGGCAGGAGUGACAAGGUCAGGACCAUGAAAUAUAUCUUAUGUUAGUUUAGAAAAACGAUGCGGGAUUGGUAGCCUAACUAUGUAUAUUUAAUAUAGUAAGGUUGAAAGCGUUUCAACGUG